AUGAGUGACGUUGAAAAGCAAGACGAGGUGGUGAAACAUGAGAGUAGCGAGGAAAAAGAAUCUUCUCCUCCACCUGCUAAGAGGAAAAGAGUAUCAAGUGGUGGUGGAAAUAAUAGCACAAAGAAAUCUAAAUCACCCACCAGCAGCAGCAAAAAAUCAACCAAAAACGUAGCUACCACCGCGACAAAUCCAUCCAACUCACCAAAUAAAAACGGUAAUGAAACCCCCACCACUGGCGGCAGCGGUAACAAUAAUGAAACGACCGCAACUACAACAAAAAAGAAAUCGAGUGGCACGUCUGGUGCAAAAUGGACAUCGGACGAAGAUCAAAUUCUUCUCGGAGAAAUAUUUAAUUUGUUACCACCGAUUCCUUGGGCGCAAAUCGCAGAAAAAUUAGAAAGUCGUGACGCGACUAGUGCCAAGAAUAGAUGGGCUAGCAUUCGACGACAGGUUGCUAAAGGCACGAGUCCGAUUCUUUCUUCGGCUAGUAAUAAUUCUAAUGAAAUGAGUAAUAAUUGA